GUGCCGACGGGCUGCGGCGGGGCGGCCGCCGGGACGCCAUGUCCAUGGAGGACCCCUUCUUUGUGGUGAAAGGGGAGGUGCAGAAAGCAGUCAAUACUGCUCAAGGAUUAUUCCAAAGAUGGACAGAACUCCUCCAGGAUCCUUCUGCAGCAACAAGAGAAGAAGUUGAUUGGACCACCAAUGAGCUCAGAAAUAACUUGCGCAGCAUAGAAUGGGACCUAGAAGAUCUGGAUGAAACUAUCAGCAUAGUUGAAGCAAAUCCUCGAAAAUUCAACCUUGAUGCAACUGAACUGGGUGUAAGAAAAGCCUUCAUUACAAGCACACGGCAAGUUGUCAGGGAAAUGAAGGACCAGAUGUCAAGUUCAUCCGUUCAGGCAUUAGCUGAAAGAAAAAAUAGACAGGCAUUGCUAGGAGAAAGUGGUGGUCAGAGUUGGAGUGCUGGAACAGAUAAGUAUGGCCGUCUAGAUGGAGAGCUGCAGCGUGCUAAUGCCCACUUCAUUGAGGAGCAGCAGGCCCAGCAACAGUUGAUUGUGGAACAGCAGGACGAGCAGUUGGAGCUGGUCUCUGGCAGCAUUGGGGUGCUGAAGAACAUGUCACAACGCAUUGGUGGGGAGCUGGAGGAGCAGGCAGUAAUGUUAGAUGACUUCUCUCAUGAGUUGGACAGCACACAGUCUCGGCUGGACAAUGUGAUGAAGAAACUUGCAAAAGUGUCCCAUAUGACCAGCGAUCGUCGCCAGUGGUGUGCGAUCAUCGUUCUCUUUGGGAUCUUACUGGUAGUGCUCAUCCUCUUUCUAGUGCUGUGAUGGACAAGCCUUCUUUGGAUGCUGCUCGUUCCCCCUUGAGAAAAUGGGAAGGGAGAAAGGAAAAGUCAGCACAGUUAACGUUGCCACCUUUUUAAUUUUGCUCCGAAGAACUCUUACCCCCAGACUUGGAUUUUCUCUGUAAAUCAAUGCCCGUGGCAGCUGCUGCUACAGUAUCAGCCUUACAAAGCCGUUGGAGGUAAAGUGGAAGCUGGCCUCCCUCCCAGGUGUUGGGACUCCCAGCAGGUGUGCAUCACCACUCCUGCUGUGCACACAACCAGCUGCUGUUUCUCUUUCCUCCCUCCGAAGUGCAGGGAAUGAAUCAGCAAAUGUCAGUUAUGUUGCUUUUGCAAGGUCUUUCCACUUUUUUCUUGGGGAAUUUUUUUCUCCCUCCCUCCCUCCCCUUUUUUCCCUUUAUCAAAUGCCACUGUCUUAUCUAAAACAAAUUGUUCCAGAAACCAGGCUGCUGGGUGUACUUCACCUCCACCUUUGCUGGUCAUUAAGGAAGGUAGAAGACUCAGGCACGGUAUCCAAUAACGGUAAAUUCGGUGAUUCCUGGGCCAGGGUGUCACUUCACCCAGACUCCAGUAGAGGGGUAAGUGCUGGGACCAGAUUCCCGGCCAAGUCCUGUUUCAUUCAGUGGAAAUUAUACUCGCUGAACAUGGAGAAACCAUUUGGGGUAAAACAGAUGUGAGCUGUGGCUCUGAGUGCUUCAAGGAGAGUUUGCAUACUUAGUCAGAGACCCAAAUGUGCCCCUCUGUGGCUUCCUGCUCCCUGUACUAACCUUAGCCUUCACUUGGUGCACAUUCCAUGCUGUCACUGCAGAGCGCUUCAUGGACUACUUGAAAGAGUUGUGUAAACUUCCUGGUUAGGAGCUGUCUCAUUUCCACUCUAUACUGUUGUUUUUUGUUUUGUUAUGGGGAAGAGGAGGCUUGCCGAUGUUUUAUUCAUUCCAAGGCUGAAAAUCAGCAAGCUAAACCUCUGCCCUGGACCAGACUUUUCUUACCUGUUUAUAAUAACUAGGGUGGCUGGGUGAUUUUGGUUAUUUGUUUGCUUAAGGAAGCAAUUGAUUUUUUUACUCUCUUCCAUUUGAAUAACUGAGCCAAUUCCAAAUGAAACUGACAAAUGCUUUGUCAUACUUAGUUUAAGGUAAUUUUCAUGGAAACCCAGACUGCCGACCGACUAAACGUCAGGCUUUUUGAUUAUUCUUCAAAUGCCUCAAACACAUGCACAUGUAAAUAGGAUAUUUUUAUAACCUUCCCUAAUAAAUUAACUAUAUUAAAGUAGCAGUUUGUAAGCCUAGGUUCUCAAAGGCCAUGCCUGGAAAACAUAGGCCUAGUUAAGUUAGGAUAGGUUCCUCAUCGGAGGUUGGCUCCCAUGUGAUGAAUUGCUUUGGCCCCAGCAACUCAUGAGGACUUGUGCUCUGCAUGGGGGGAAGAGGAUUCACAUUGAUGGAAUUCUGGGCUCAACCAAAAGACAGAGGAUGGACUGAAAAGGCUGGGAGAGGUCUGAGCAUUGAGAUGGAAAUUCAACCUUAUCUUGAGUGUCCUUGUCCUUUUGAGUCACUCCUCAGUAUUCACCAGUUUCCUCAGUUGUAAUUAUGUAUUGGCCUAGGCUAAUUUUGAAUUGCAAUUUUUAAUACUGGAUAUUUGUAAUGCUUUUCAAAAAAGGAUACCAUCCUUUUUUUUUCCCCAGGAUCAUGGUAGGUGAGGAAAUUUGACUCUGUGGAUGCUAAAAUAUGGAUUUAUAAAAUAAAAGGGUUGGUUGAUAUCUGCGUUUACACUCCUUACUCAGCUGACUCUGAUAUAUUAUAAAUGACCACUCUUUAUUGUUUUUUAAAUUAGCAAAAAAUAAUUUUGGUCAUCAUGAAUGGCUUCACUCAUAAUCCACUCAAUUACUUGUAUUUUAUAAGGUCUUAAGAAAAUCAGUUCUGUGGUUGUCUUUGAGACAAAGAAAGUCUUCAGAGCAAUGAAAUAUAUCCUCAUUAGGUACAUGUGGCUAAAAUGUCUCCAAAACAAGUAGCCAACAUUAGAAAAGCCACUAGGUCCACCUUGUAAGUGGUGACUGGUGUCUUAAAGUUAGCGUGUGGUCAUUUCAGAAGCCUUCCUUUUGUCUGGCACCUGCUGGCUAUCUUGCUAGGUCGGGGUGGUUAGGUAUACACAGAAUCACUGGAAUCCCGCAUCAGUGGUGCCUCUAUUCUACUCAGUGCUGAGUAAUUCAAGAAAAUGAAAAACAAUAGGAUUCUCUGUCCUCUUCUGAAGACUCUCCGAGAGUUUACAUAUGAUGUUCUCAUCCCCUGCAAACGUCCCCAGUCACAGAGAGUUAAGAGCAAUUUCCUAUCAUAAGGCAGCAAGAAGUAGUUUUAAAAGUUUUGAAGUUGGGCAAAAGCCGUAUGUGUUCCUCUGAGGGCUUUUCUGAAAUGAACCAGCUCCAGGUACUCUUGGCACGCUCAGAGCCUGGUGCUGCAUGGAAAGACAGGCUUGUGUGCCUGUCUGUUUUUAGUAGAAAUGGCAUACCUUGAGUUCCAAAUGAAAUUUAGGACAAAAGCUCCAGAGGGAAUGUAAUGAAUUUGAAAAUGAAUGAAAAAUGAAAUCUAAAAAUUAAGAGAACCAAACUCAUUGAAUAAACUUUUCUUAAUUACCAGAGUCUCUCUUAAAGCCCAUGCUGCAGAGCCAGCUCACUGCCCUGGUUGGAUCCAGGCAUGACUGCAAACAGUGACUGGCAGCAGCCCUGCCACACGAUUGGGCAGAACCAGCUUGAUGCCUGCUAAGUUUUGAGGGGAACUAAGAGAAUUCGAUAGUCUGGAGUCCCUCAGUUUAAAAUAUACUGUUAAUUCAGGGGCCGGGCCUCCUCCUGCUUCUUAAGGAGCUGUGCUUUAUUAAUCAGCAUCUUUAAAGUAAAUAAAUAAAUUAAUGAAAGAGCCAGGCCUUCCCCCAAACCCAAAUUCUAGCCAAGCUAAAUAGAGCCAGAGUCUGAGCAUGUUGUCUGCUGUUUGCACAGUCAGUCCCUGUGAGACUGGUAUGAACUUGCAGGGCCUCAGAAAACCUUCAGCUGGGGCAGGAAAAAGAAAACUACAUGCCUGGAGGCCCCUGGGGGUUUGGAGUGGCAGAGAUUUUUUCAUUAGUUCACUGGAGUUAAUGAGGUCUGAAUGGAAACUUCGUUGGUUCCCUCAGAGUUCUCUUUCACCUCGAUGCCUGUGGAAUAGUAAGAACACAGAGGUACCAGUGCCCUGGCCUGCCUGUGAGCUGUGUGUAGCAACUGAAGGUUUCCUUUUAUUGUCUCCCACUACACCCAGGCCCACAGCCAUUUUUUAAGAACUUAGAGAAUUAAAUAGUGUCCAUGAAUCAAAAGGUUAAUAAGAAGAAAUAUUUCUUAGAAAGGUGUUGCAGGUGACAUUUGCUAGAUUCGUGGCAGGGGGAGCACAAAACUACCCAGAUUGUUUGCCACAGUGUGAAUCCAAGCUCAGAACUAAAACCAUGGGACACUCCUAGCCCCGAUGUUUUGGUCGUAUCCUCGUGUGGACUGUGAGAUGUCGUUACACUGUGUGUUCUGUGCUGUAAUACAACGAGAUGUUGCUUUGGGUGUGUUCUGUGUGUUUUUAUGGGUCUUCUACAAUCUUAGAAUUCCUGCCAGAGCAGGAGAGGAGAGGAAACUUGGCAGCCUUCGAGAGCUCUGCUUUUAUCCAGAAUUGAACAGACUGAUGAGUCUGGUAGCCAACAACUUGGCAACUUUUACUCCAUUUUACCUCAGGAGGUUUUAAGGGCUGUGAAAAGAAAUCUAGUUGACAACUGUAACUGAAAUCUGUCUCAGUAGUUAAGUAUUUUACCUUCUGCAAGUAAAGGAGUGAUUGCCAAAUUUUUUUUUUCCUCGGGUGAGCUUUCUGGCUAGAAAGUGACCCUUUCCAUUAAUAAGAAACAUCUGUAAGCGUCUGUGUUACUUAUCCCCUCUUAAAAAAAUCCAUUUCA